CACACGCACGCACGCGCGAGCGCAAGGCUUCCAAAUUGGCGCGGAGACGGACCGGGUCUCCUCCUCUAGCGGUGUUGCUGGUGCUGCACGGUUCGGUCCGCCCAGCAGCACCGGAGCCGCAGCUUCUUCCUCCUGAAUGCUUUUAUGGAUCAGCGCGGAUCUGUGCUGCGCCGCGGUUCCGAGCCGUCCUCAGCCUCCUCCUCCUGCAGCAUGAAAGCCAACACCGACGGGAUUCGGAUGGGGACCGACACGACAUGACCCAUUAAUAUUUCAAAGUCUUUCUGAAGCCAGGUCAGAAGCAGGUGAGCCACCGGAGGACAUCCGCUGUUUCCUGCUCAGGUGUCAGAUGAGGCUCAGCUUAGAGAGGAAGGCCUGAUGAGGAUGAUGAUGAAGAGGGAGGCUCUGCACAUCUCCUGGCCUCAGUAGGAACAUCUCCGCCACGUCCUCCUCCUGUCCAACGCUUCACCGGGAAGGAUGACGGUGGUAUCCACCGAGAACAUGGAUGACACCUCCACCCUGCCUGGGCACCCCCAGGACCCCUACCCGCCCGACGAUGACCACAUCGACCACGACUGUUGUGAGCGAGUGGUCAUCAACAUCUCCGGGCUGCGCUUCGAGACCCAGCUGAAGACCCUAGCCCAGUUCCCAGACACACUCCUUGGGAACCCGAAGAAGAGAAUGCGAUACUUUGAUCCUUUGAGAAACGAGUACUUCUUUGACCGGAAUCGUCCAAGUUUUGAUGCCAUCUUGUAUUACUACCAAUCAGGAGGGCGCCUGAGGAGACCGGUCAACGUCCCGUUGGACAUGUUCUCUGAGGAAAUUAAGUUUUAUGAACUUGGAGCAGAGGCUAUGGAGAAAUUUCGGGAGGAUGAGGGUUUCAUUCGGGAAGAGGAACGACCUUUGCCAGAGAAGGAGUUUCAGCGACAGAUCUGGCUCCUGUUCGAACAUCCGGAGAGCUCCGGGCCGGCCCGGGGCAUCGCCAUCGUCUCCGUUAUGGUUAUUCUCAUUUCUAUUGUCAUCUUUUGUUUGGAGACUUUACCGGAGCUGAAGGAGGAUCCCAAUGACCGGAUACGCGUGGUAGGCAACACCACCAUGUUUUACAAAUCCAGCGUGCUGACAGACCCAUUUUUCGUGGUGGAAACUUUGUGCAUCAUCUGGUUUUCCUUUGAGCUGAUAGUGCGGUUCUUUGCCUGCCCCAGCAAAGCAGGGUUCUUUAAAAACAUGAUGAAUACGAUUGACAUUGUGGCUAUAAUUCCCUACUUCAUCACUCUCGGCACAGAGCUGGCUGAUGACCAGGGCAACAAGGAGGGGAGGGGCGGUGGAGAGCAGGCCACGUCGUUGGCCAUUCUCAGGGUGAUCCGUCUGGUGCGGGUCUUCCGGAUCUUCAAACUGUCUCGACAUUCCAAAGGGCUCCAGAUUCUGGGGCAGACGCUGAAGGCGAGCAUGAGGGAGCUGGGGCUGCUCAUCUUCUUCCUCUUCAUUGGAGUUAUUUUGUUUUCCAGCGCUGUUUAUUUUGCAGAGGCUGAGGAGAAGGAGUCCUUCUUCACCAGCAUCCCAGAUGCUUUCUGGUGGGCUGUGGUGUCCAUGACAACCGUCGGCUAUGGGGACAUGUACCCCGUAACCAUUGGGGGGAAGAUCGUGGGCUCGCUUUGUGCCAUUGCCGGUGUGUUAACCAUCGCGUUGCCAGUGCCGGUAAUCGUUUCCAACUUUAACUACUUCUACCACCGGGAGACCGAGGGCGAGGAGCAGGCUCAGCUGCUCAACAUCAGCAACCAGAACCUGGUGUCAGAAACCAUCUCGAGCCGUCGCAGCUCCUCGGUGGUCAGCAAGUCGGAGUACAUGGAGAUUGACGAGGACUUGAAGAACAGCAUAGAUAACUUUAGAGAAGCUAACCUGAAGACGGCCAACUGCACGGCUCCUAGUCAGAACUGUGUGAACAAAGGGAAGCUGCUCACAGACGUGUGAACCAGAGCCCACCCCUCUGUAAAUACUGUAGAAACGGAUGCUUCACCUCCACCAGGACAUGUUAUUCCCUUCUCUGCUCUGACGAGGACACAUGCAGUCACAAUGCUGCCAAACAGACCUGUCGGUGCAAUAAUGAGCAGGUGUUCCUCCUCCGGGUUAGAAAUGAACGGAGCAAGCUUUAGACCACCACGGUUUAGUUCCUUACUCCUGAAGCCCCGAUUAGCUCACGGGAAGAGUUUAUCCGUCUUCAUUUAAAUAUGGCUGAAAUCUGGGAAAACCAUUCCAGGAUUAGGUCGUUACUUCAUGUGAACCCUCGGGGGUUACGCCGCCACGUCAGGCUGGAUGGGUGGGGCUAAAACAGAGCGGUGGCCCUUUAAUCCUGCAGGCGGAGGCUGCUCAAACUGCCAUUCUUAAAAUCAUCACCUCCUUUUCUACUGAAGCACUUUAUUUAAGAGGGAAAGACACAAAACCUGCCUGAACAGUUAAAUACGCAGUAUUAAAAACUUUAACACAACUACAUAUUUAGCAGAACAAUAGAAAAAGACUCGAGACCUAUUUGAUUGGAUUAGAGAAAGGACUGACACCUGCCCAGCGUAAGGACCUCACCUGCGCUGAGGGUGGCGUUGGCGGGUUCUUCUGUGACCCGUCUGUGAUGGUCCAAGAUUCUCCGGCUCAUUUAAAGCUUCACACACUACCGGAUCAAUAAACAGCUGGUUUUAAACCACCUAAAGGCUCCAAUCAGCUGAUCAGAUUCAUCAGCACCAAUCAGACAGUUACAGAUCAGCUGAUUGAUUAUCUACUCAGGUGAGUUAAUAAAAGUCAGAGUGAGAGAACUGGCUUGAUGUUCUGUUUCUGUAAAAUACUGAGGAGACACGUUUGUAAUGAACUGGGCUCUAGGUGCCUGGCCUACCAGAUUCGUCCUCUGUUCUACACAGAGAGAGAGUCUGGUUCCUCACAGGCAGAGAGGCACAUGAGGGGCGGGACUAGCCAGCUCAAAAAUAACCAAUCAGAAGAAAGGGGGAAAUGCUGACUGUACCGUGUGACACUGUAGUUUGUUGCUGUAGUGAAAAAUGGCGUCUGGCGAUGGCGCAAACAUCUUCCUGUAGAAGAAAGUCUUUUAGCUUCUUCUUGUUGUUUUAAAGACAUUCAAGUCAUUUAGAACCGCAGCGAAGUUCGCUUCAGACGCCAUGUUUAUGAGACACUCAGCGUCAUGGUGCUCAGCGCUGAUUGGCUCGGUUGGACUUCUCAGGGGGUGGGGUUAUUUCAAUGGGAGCAGUACCAGCCUUCCCAUAGGGAAGCAUGGGGCUGGCUGGCCAGGCUAGGUGCCGAGUGAGUAUUCUGCUGUGGUUUACUUCUAGUUUUAGGAUUUCUGACUUCAUUCUCACAGAACCAACACUGCCACCUCCUCUGGGCCCAAACACCAGAAACCAGGUUCAGUUCUUUUUAGCCUGACUGAUCCAUCCCAGACUCAUCCCAGCAGGACAUGGGAGCUGUGGUCCAAAAGAACCAAACAGCUAACUUAGCUGUAGAUCUGUCUGUGAUGGACCUGUGGAACAUGUUACUGGGAUAGUCCCAUUUCCGUUUCUGGCUUUAAAAAGUCAACAUGGCUGACAUCCACAUUUACGGACAUCAGCUGGGCUUCUACAGCACCGGGAGCCAGCUCUGCUGGGCUCAGAUCAGCACCAUGGACAGCGACCGGUCAGAAUCUGCUCCCCCCUCCUCCCUUCAUCAGGCUGCUGAGUGAGCAUAGCUGAGCUCACUCCCGUUGAUAAGACAUGCCAGAAGCAAAAGGCUGCGUCAGUCAGACAGACAGCAGUGCUGUUGAUCUCCAGAUGCUUGUGAUGUCUGCAGUUGAUGUGUGGACUCAACCUUUGAGCUUGCAAUCUUUCAGAAGUUUUGCAUUUCUUCUUAAUUUCUGGACCUGGUGUAAAGCUUGGAUGUUUGUUAAAUUUAGCCACUCACUCACUCACUCACUCACUCACUCACUCACUCACUCACUCACUCACUCACUCACCAUCUAAAUCUCUUGGAUAGGUCUCAAGUCCAUCACAGGGACAGCCUGCAGUUAAAAGACUGCAUGGUGAAAGAGUGAAGUCAGGAUGACAUCAUGAAAAGGAAGCUUGAGAUAUUUGUAGAGCUGUUAGCAUUGUUAGCAUCGUUGGCUCAACGUUAGCUCAACGUUAGCCUCUAGCCUGCCUCUCCUCAUGUUAGAGUAAAACAAAAACACGCUGUUGCUUCUUAGGGGUACAAUAAAUAACUUCUGGGUCGCUCCAGUUUGCUGGUUUAGGAUGUUACUGCUGUGUUUUACUGGAUGGGUUCUAAUUACAAAUGCUGCAUUUGCUGUUGCAGACUCAGCAAUCUGAUUGGCUCACAUGCUGUGAACAGUAACCAUGUCAGUAUACCCUUCCUGCCAACAUGAAUGAGACAUUAGACUGUUUUGUGACUAUUUCACGGUUCUUAGUUUUCAUACUUUCAAGAUGAGUUGCGUGUUUUUGAUUCGUGGGAGAAAAUCAAAACACACACUCACUCACUCACUCACUCACUCACUCACUCACUCACUCACUCACUCACUCAGGAGAAAACUCCGCCCUUAGUCCCACCCAUUUUUCUUGUAAAUUCAAAUCAAUUCAAAGAUACGUUAUUAAUCCCAGAGGGAAUUAGAGUUUCAGUACACACAAUUCUGAGAUCAGACAUACAGGCAUAGACACAUGACAAGAACUGGUGACUGUGGUCAUUCGCAACCCGAGUCACGCUACCUUAAUAGAGGUCAGAGGGUUUAUAUGAGGAUUGAGUCAGGUGGAGAAAAAAAAGGCACUUCAGAGUUACCCUCCACAGGGAGGGCAGCUUUGCUCUGCAAAAAAACACCUCAGACAGAAAUGCAACAGACUUCAGACAUCACACAACAUAAGUGUCCACUAGGUGGGGUGGUGGGGUUUGGGACUCUCCACACGUCGGUGCAUGCAGCCGCGAUGAGCAGCGCUCGUCACCUCCGUUUGGACAGGGGAGGGAGAUAAUUGGGUUAGAGAGCACAGUGACUUCUGGAAACGGUUCCACGGCCUUCACCGGUCACAGUCCCGCCCAGGCUGAGAUAGGGAUACAGAGUUGCCAUGGCGACAGCAGCAUUCCACAUUUCUUCUGAGGGGGAGUAAUCUCUUCAGCCUCACAGGCACAAGGGCACCAGAUUCAGAUAAGAAUUGUUUUGGGGCCAGACAGAGAUAAUUUCCUCUCUGUCUUAAAGUUCUGUUGGUCUCCAACCCCUCUAGAUCCAAUAAUGGCGUAAUUAAUCUAUUCCCAACCGUGCUGUCCCGUCAACUCGCUCCUUGAUCGAAUCCACCUUCUGUGCCAGAGUCUGAAUCUCAGCCAAAGUUCCAAGCAUACGACUCAUCUCGACAAUUAUAUGAGUUUGUGUGUUCACAGCGCGGUGUAAUCCAUCCCUGAGCUCCGGGAUUGAGCCAAUAUUCCUCGACAGCUCAUUAAUUUUCCGGUAAGCCAGGUAACCGCUCAGGCCAAACAGCAGAAAUCCUGACCCCAACACCACGAAUAUCCAAACAUCUUCAGAAUCCUCUACAGACAGUGGAGAGAGGCAGAUCAGGUUCUACUGUUUCCAGGAGUCCAUGAUAUACCCAGCUGGCUCUGUCCCAGAGGGGCAACCGGGAGCCCCUUCUCCCGUUCUCAUCAUUAAAAAAAUCUUGUCGAUCGUGUUGAGAGACCAGCUGACCAGGUCCAUUUUUAAUAAUUUCCAGUUUCCAGAAAAAAUGCAGAAGCUCCGUGCACCCAACGUCAGACAAAGAGCCUUGGGAUAAGAUAGGGAGGAGAGGAGGACAAAAGCGUCUGAACUCUCCAAGAGCCGGGAGAUGAAGAAUGUGUCGGAUCAGACAUGACCUGCAGGUUUCCUAGCCACUUCCUGUUUGACAGGGAGUUUUACUACAUUUAUCGUAGCUCAUCCCCACCAGGGUGGGAAUGGGUGAAUGAUUGUGUUGUGAAGCGCCUUGGGGGGUUAUAGAUCCCUAGAAGGUGCUGAACAAAAACACCUGCCAUCCUGUUGGGCUCCACAUGUGUGCUGACCUUUGGAGCGCUACAUCAACAUUUCAGCGUUGUGACUCCGUUAAGAACAAUAUAACGUCUGUAAGUUGGACUGGGUCAGUAGAUCAGUGGGACAGAUGUGAAGACACCUCCUCCAAACGUGUCCUCCUUUUCUGUGGACCUGGUGGAUCCCCACUGGCCCGCUCUAGCCCAGCAUCGUCGCAGGCAAACAGGAUUCAAGAUUCAAGUACUUGUUUGUCAUCGCACACGUGUACCAUGACGUGGGCUUCGUGCUCACUGAAGACAGCUCACGUUAGAGGUAGUGAAGUAAAACAACAAGGCUAAAACAUCUCUCACUCACUCACUCACUCACUCACUCACUCACUCACUCACUCACUCACUCACUCACUCACUCACUCACUCACUCACUCACUCACAGAGCAAGUGUUAGUUUGUUGAACUCUGGUGGCACGAAGAUGAAAAGCUGAGGUCAGUCGUGUUGUCCGGCGUUUGUUGGGUGGCGCUAAAGCUGCUGUAGCUCCUCCAGCAGAAGAUCAGUAAUUAAUAAGCCUUCAUUUUCUCUUUGUUCUCUUUAGAAUCUCGUGGUUGCUAGGCAACAGGACACAUGUCAAGGUAAAGGUGGGAAAAAAUCGGAAGUCAAUUCAAUUUCACAGCUGCUCACUUCUGGUCUUCACCGUCGAUGAAGGAUCUGACCUACGUGGACCAGGUUGAGUCCUACCGCUCUUGAAUUUGGACCCAGCUGAAUCUGAUUACUCUAAACCAGAACCUGAUGGGACUGAGACUACUAGAUGAAUAUUCUGGAACAUGUCUGGGUUCAGCUUUUCACCCAUCUGGACCUCCUUGUGAACAGGUCUGGAGCCAGUCUGAGUCAGAAAGGUGAGAAGACUGUGAGAGGAGCCUGGUUGCACUUCUGUCAUGUAGACCAAGUAACCUGAAACACUUUGGUUUUAAUGUUCUUCCUCCGUGUCCGUGGGAUCUGGACCAGACUGGAUCUGUUUUCCUUCUUGGUUCUGGACUCGGUCAGUAAAUGAUCUGAUCUUUAGAUGUUGAUUAUUUCUGUUAUAAUCUGCUGAUGAUGACUGGACAAAUUUAAAGCUCGGAUUGGUGCCUGCUAAUCACUUCAUUAAAACGUCAAUUUAGAACUAAUUUAUUCAAUGAAUAAAUAGUUUUCAUUAAACUGAGAGAAGAUCCUGCUGUGCAGGUGGAAAAGCAGAAGAUGUGCUCAUCAGCUGUUUCUUGUUGUUGAACAGGAAUUUCAUUUAUGUAAUUAUUAUCAAACCCACACAAGAUUAAUGUUUGAUCAGAUCCACUGUCAUCAGAACCAUGGGUUGUAGUUCACAUCCAAGUUUCAGACUGCCAGAAUAAUUAUAUUCAUUAAAAAUGAUAUGUUGGUUUUUACUCAAAUCACUGAUUUAGGAACAAAGUUCACAAACAAAAAUGUGAGGCUGUAACUUCUGUGUCUCUUGUUCAGGAACUUAAACAGUAAAUGACACAAUCGUUGGUUUAUUGCAUGAUAACCGACUGAGGAUCAAGACUUUCUUUAAAGCUGUAACUUUGUUUUCCACCAUUUCAAUAAAUCAGAUAAAUCUGC